ACUUAUUGUAUUUUGUAGGUACGCGUGGAAUUCGAGUGGUCAACGUGCUUCGGAACCAACACUAGCUAGUAGCGGCAGGCAGGUUGAAAAACACCAGUAGCUGACUGGGCUAUCGUCCAACGGCUUCAAUCGAGAUUUGGAUGUAUCCGGAUCCAGCGAAGGCUCAGAAUAUACCAAUAUCUUGUCGAUGACUUGGAGGGUAUAAUAAACUUGAAGUGGUGGCUGGUUGCAAUCAUCGCUGCCGGAGCGUGGUGUUUCAGUCAGCCUCCACUGAGUCAGUUGUCAUAUUUCAUGGCUGCUCUUCCUAACAUCCCACAAUUUCCUCUUGUUUGUGAUUAACAUGCGUCUCACCGAUAGAUCUCUGUCUAUAUCUGUAUCUUCCAUCCCUCUCGCCAAACCCCAGACACCUAUUCGGCGUGUGACUGCUCUCUUGCGUUCUCCUCUUCAACUCGGCAAGCGUGCCCGUCCACGUUCUCACUCCCUGGACACCGAAAGGCUUCCGAUCAGUCGCCCCCUCUAUUACACUCCUCCCCCCGCGGUUGCCCUUCAGACCACGUCUUCAUCCACCGACAGUAUCAUCAUCACAUCUUUCCAACAUGCACCAUUCUGCUGCCAUGAGGACCUCGUUACCAUGCCUCGCCCUGAACUUGUGCAGGUUGCUCAAAGCAUCAAUGGACGUCUGCCAAAGGCACUGCAGAUUGCGUGCGGUGAUGAUGUGGAGGAUGCGGAUAUUCGGAGAGCGAUAGAGGUCUUGACUGGGAUACGCGCAGAGACGGCAGGAGAUAUAAUCCCACCCGUUCCAGGCGCACCUAGGGCGGUACGGACAAAGAGCAUGAGUGCGGUAUUGGAGGAUGAAACAUCCUGGGAUGUGGAUAAUGACUCGAGUGCAACGGGCGACCGAUCAGUUGCCAUUCCUUCUAGUCCACUCGCCAUGCGUCGCCCGCGAUUGGAAAUGCUCAAGGAGGAACAAGAGCAUGAGGAACCUUUGAGAAAGCGGAGGCGGGCUUCACCACAGAAUGACCAUACCCUUGCUGCAUGUGUGCCUACUGCGUCAGGCUCACGCCUCAUCGAGAGUAUCGACAUCUCAGCCUCUCCCCUGCUUGGGUCAGACAGCAGCAAGGUCAUUAGCUCCCUGACCAGUACUCAAGGGAAUGUACAGCGUCGACGCAGCGCUCGUCUCUCCGGUCACAAUCCCCACCCGCGCGAAUUUGUAAUUCGCCUCCCCUUCGCAUCGUCGCCCAAAGCGCAGCCCACCCGCAUGCUCCGUUCGUACUCACAAAGAGCAAGCCUUACAACGUCUGCGCAGGGCUCGAAGCUCAAGCGUACUCAAUCUGAUGCCAAUGUCACGCUUACACGCCCCAAGUAUCAUUUCCGACGCGGGCGCGCUACACCCAAGGUUGCCGAUCCUGUCGGCUUUGUGCCAGAGGUUGAGAAGACGUUGCAGGUUCUACCGAUGAUCCACACAGGGUCUGGCCUUGCUGUCGAUUUUCUCACUCCUAGGGCCCGUAGUGCGAGCGCGUCAACCACGGUCUCGCAGGGGAAGAGUGAAAUCGGCUCAGGGGUCGUGGAGGCAAUGGGGGAGAUGGUGGUAUAAGUUACAACACGCUUGUUGCAUUGCGUCAUCCAGCUUCAGAAGUCAAGGUAAACGUGGUAAUAGGCCACCCUCCCGUAUUCAUUCGUUUGAGUUUAAUACUCAUA